CCUAAGAAUUCAAACUUAGAUUUGUUAUGAGCGCGGCAAACCAAGCGUGAACCUUUUAACCAUUAUUUCAUUUUAAAACUACAAAAUGGCCGAAGAGUCGGCGGUAAAAGUGUGUGUUCGGGUUCGCCCGACCAUUGAGAGAGAAGAAAGUGUUGCAUCAGAUACAACAGAGCCUGUGCAACUCUUCUGGAAAGCUGAUAAGAAAUCAAUUUAUCAGAUUGAUGAUGGCAACUCAACAAAGAGCUUCAGUUUUGACCGGGUGUUCACUGCGGAACAAACAACCGAUCAACUUUACCAGGCGAUUGCAAAGCCCUUGGUUGUUUCGACUGUCGAAGGAUACAACGGCACCAUAUUUGCUUACGGACAGACAUCCUCAGGAAAGACAUUCACUAUGAUGGGCAGUGGCCACACCCCUGGUGUCAUACCAAUGGCUGUUGAAGAUGUGUUCCAAACCAUUAAAACAAAUUGUCCGAAUAAGAAGUUUCUUCUGAGGGUAUCUUAUAUGGAAAUCUACAAUGAAACUGUGACUGAUCUCCUUGUUGACAGCUGGAAAAGAAAACCUCUAGAAGUCAGAGAGACAAUCAAUAAAAACAUCUAUGUUGCUGACCUGACGGAAGAAGUGGUCAAUUCUCCUGCACAAGCGCUUGCGUGGAUUCGUAAAGGAGAAAAGAAUCGUCACUAUGAAAAGACUAAAAUGAACCAGCGGAGCAGCCGUUCACACACGAUUUUUCGAAUGAUCCUAGAGAGUGAAAGAAGCGACCCAGCAUCGGGUGAAAAUGCAGAUGGAGCAGUUAUUGUUUCCCAUUUGAAUUUAGUUGACUUGGCGGGAUCAGAGAGAGCGAGCCAAACAGGCGCUGAAGGAGCCCGCUUCAAAGAAGGCUGUAAUAUCAAUCGCAGCCUUUUUACACUUGGCCAAGUGAUAAAAAAACUUAGUGAAGAAAGCCAGAGGGGGUUCACAAAUUACAGAGACAGUAAGCUCACCCGCAUACUUCAGAACUCCCUGGGUGGAAAUGCCAAAACUGUCAUCAUCUGCACAAUUACUGCUGCUGCACUGGAUGAGACACUCAGCACUCUUCAGUUUGCAAGCACAGCAAAGAAAAUGAAGAACGAUCCACAUGUCACGGAAGUGUCCGACGACGGUGCUCUGCUCAAGAGAUAUCGCAAUGAAAUUGUAGAGCUCAAGAGGCGACUUCAUGAGGUUUCCUCAAGAACACAGGCCACCGCAACAGAGAAGGAGGUGCUCUCGCAGCUUAUCCAAGAAAAAGAUCAACUUCAGAGAGAACAAGAGGACCGAAUUAGAAACAUCACAAAAUUGUUGGUCACAAGCACCAACGUGGUUCAGAAGGUUCCCAAGCGCAGAGUUACAUGGGGGGGAAAAAUGAUGUGCUUGGCCGCUCCAGAUACUGAUGAAGGGAGUCCUUCCAACCGCAGCUUUGCAGGGUAUGCUUCGCGUAAGAGGAAAAGUAAUCGCCCCUGUAUGAUGGAGCUGGCUGAAGAUGAUGAAGAUUUUGACUCUCUGUGGGAGAUACCUGAGGAGCCAUCUGAUGACACAGACUCCAGUCCAAGCUUUGUGUCUGUCCGAAGCUGUAAAAAGAGCAGCAGAGAGGCUGACCUGGACUUGGAGCUUCAAACUGUAGAGCAACAAAAACAACAAGCCUUGGAGAGAAUUCUGGAAUUGGAGGAGAAGGCAGCAGAAGUUAACCUCCAGCUUAAAAGUGAAGCUCAACAGAGGUUAGAGGCUGAGUCUGAAGUAAAGAUGCUGGAGUUGUCUGUGGCAGAAAUGAAAAAGCAGCUUGAAGAGCAGAGCCACCUGCAAUGUGAAGUUGACCAACAGCUGCAAAAAGAUUUUGAAGAAACUAUCCAACUUUGUGAGAACCUUGCCACAGAGAAGGAUAUGCUGGCUAAUGAGCGAGACUCUCUCAAACAAGAGCUGGACAUAUUGAGGGAGCAAACUACGAGUCUACAAAAAGAUGUUACUUGUCUUUCACGGGAGCUGGAGGAGAAGAAGGAGAAUGAUGAGUUUAUCUGCCUUGAGAAGCAAUUUGGGACAGAACUUGAGGAUGAGUUAAAAAGGGAAGUAUCCUCAUUGAAGAUGGCGAUGGAAUCCCGUGAGCUCCAGUGUUUGGAACUUCAGAAAACAUUGGAGACUGUUUCUGAAGAGCUGAAGCAGAAAACCAAAUAUGCUGCGGAUCUUCAGAAUAUGAACGGCAAAAAUUUAGUUGAAGAAGUGACAAAACUCCGUCGCUCACUCGACGAUGCAGAAGGACUCAGCAUAGAGACAAAGAAAGAAUGGGCAGUCCUGCGCAGUGAAAACAUUGCCCUGGAAGAGUUAAAGAUGACUCUGACUCUCGGUCACGAAAAAAUGGAGGCCGAGGUCAACAGCCUUCGCUUUCAACUUGAGGCUGAGAAAUCUCGUUUCAAAAAGAUGCAGAUGGAUCUCCAGAAAGAGCUAAAUGUUGUGUUUGAUGAGAACACCAAGCUCACCGCUAUUCUAGAUGGAAAAGUCCCAAAAAAUCAGAUAGAAAGGACAGUUAUCAAUCUGAAUAAAGAGCUGGCAGUAUCCAAAGAGGCAGAGGGUGCCCUUAGAGCUCAGCUAGAGGAAAUGACGUCACUUCAGGCUCUUCCAAGUGAAGUGAACAACCUGAAUAACAAGUUGACUGAGCUUACCAAGGAGCUGAUUGGUGUCCAAACUCAGAGGGAUGAGCUGCUCUCAAGUCAAUCUGCAUGCCAAGAGGAGAUUCAGCAUCUCAAGGACAACCUGCAGAAAUACCAGAAUGAUAUUGUCCAACUGCAAGACUCCAUCAGUGCCACCACACAAAGAGAAGCUGACCUGAUGAAGCAGUGUACUGAUGCUGGUAUACAGCUGGAAUUUCUUCAGUCGGAUCUGAAACAGUCUGAAGCUGAGAAGAGUCGCCUCAUUGCCACUGCUGCAGAAAGUAACCAGAAGGCUGCAGAGACUCAAGAUCGUCUGUGCUCUCUUCAAGAUGAACUUCAAAUGCAAAACCAAAACUAUUUGGACCUAAUAAAACAAAAGGAAUCUGAAGUUGGUGUCUCUAGCUCUACUGACGAGAUCGAGAAGCUAGUCUCUGAAGUCACAGCUCUCACCGCAGAGAGAGAUUCACUCAAGGUGGAUAUGCAAGAUAAUGUAGAGAUGAUGAUUGAGAAUCAAGACGAGCUGAGGGCUGCCCUUGAGAAAAUCUGUGCUCUGAAACGCAAGAUCAGUCAGUUGGAGGAUACCCAAACAUCCAACGUGGGAAAGCCUACUGAUGACAUGACUGCAGAGUUUGGGGAGCUUCAAAAACAAAUAAAGAAUUUGAGCGAAGAGCUUGAACGUGUGAAAGUCGAGAGAGAUGGCCUGCUUGUCACCAAUGAAGCCGGACAUGAGACUUUAAAGGAUGAGAUUCAAAAGCUUUCGUGCAAAGUAAUGUCACUCAGUGAAGAGAGGGACCAGCUCCAUGAGACUGUUAAGGGACUAAGAGAGGAGAAGAACCAGCUUAGAGAUGAGUUGGAGGAAAGGAUGGCGAUGGUAAGGAUUCAGUGCGGAUUACAACAAGAACUGCUCGGCUCAGCUGCACAGUCACUGAAAGAUGAACAAGAGGCCCAACAAAAUAUGCAGAUCCAACAGCUGCAACAGAAUCUGGAGAAAGCUAAGGAGGAGGUGACUUUAUUGAAAACGGAACUUCAAGAAUCUCAACAGCUGACAAAGACUCUAACAGAAGAACUAGAUCACACUAAAGCUGAGAAAAAUGUCUUACUGGCUGAGAAGGAAGUUAGCUGCCAGAGCUCCGAAGAGGAUAUUGAGAGUGUCACAUGCAGAGUGAUGUCUCUCAGUGAGGAAUGCUCUCAGUUGCAGAAGACAGUGGAGGAUCUCAAAGAAGAGAAACAACAGAUGCAGUGUGAGUUACAGAAAGAGCAACUUGUCGCAGCUUCACUGAAAGAAGAACAAGAGGCUCAACAAAACAUGCAGAUCCAACAGCUUGAGGAGCAUCUGGAAAAAGCCACAGAGGAGGUAACCCUCUUGAAAAUGAACCUUCAGGAAAAUCUAGAUCUGGUGAUUAAGAGCCAGGCAGAGUCUAGGGAAGCUCAAGAGAAGGUCGGAACCCUACAGGAUGAGAUCAGCAUUCUGAAAAGUGAAACCCAAUACACUGGCAAAUUUCAAGAGCUUCAAAAUCAGGUUCAGAAGCUGGCGGAGGAGCUUGAAGAUGUGCGAGCAGAACGAGAUGCUCUGCAAACUGAAAGGUUGCUUGAAGUGCAGACUAACAGGGAUGAGAUGGAAAAACUGAUGGCUCAUGUAAGCUCUCUCAAUGAUGAGAGAAAUCAGCUGCAAGGCCAACUGGAGGCUGAGAGACAGAAAAUGAGUCAGCUCAGAGCUCAACUGGAAGAUGUGGCAGGAACAUAUCAAACUGAGGUUCAGAAGCUGGCGGAGGAGCUUGAAGAUGUGCAAGCAGAACGGGAUGCUCUGCAAACUGAAAGGUCGCUUGAAGUACAGACUAACAGGGAUGAGAUGGAAAAGCUGAUGGCUCAUGUAAGCUCUCUCAAUGAUGAGAGAAAUCAGCUGCAAGGCCAACUGGAGGCUGAGAGACAGGAAAUGAGCCAGCUCAGAGCUCAACUGGAAGAUGUGGCAGGAACAUAUCAAACUGAGGUUCAGAAGCUUGCAAAGGAGCUUGAAGAUGUGCGAACAGAACAAGAUGCUGUGCAAUCUGAGCGGUCCCUUGAAGUUCAAACUAACAAGGAUGAGAUGGAAAAGCUGAUGGAUCAUGUAAGAUCUCUUAAUGAUGAGCGAAAUCAGCUGCAAACCCAACUGGAAGCAGAGAGACAGGAAAUGUGCCAGCUCAGAGCAGAACUUGAAGAUAUGGCAGGAACAUAUCAAACUAAGGCAAGUGCUUUAACAGAGGAACUUCAUCGCACUAAAGCAGAGAAGGAUGUGUUACUGGCUCAGAAUGAAGUCAGCUGCCAGAGUUCUGCAGAGGAAAUUAGGAGUCUGACAUGCAGAGUGAUAUCCCUAAGUGAAGAACGUGCCCAAUUACAGGAGACACUGGAGGACCUCAAGCUGGAGAAGCAACGGCUUGCUGAAAAUCACCAGGCUGAGAACAUUUCUUUCAGUGAGAAACUCAAAGCAGUUGAGGCAGAGAGAGAUGUCCUACUGGCUGAAAAGGAAGUCAUUUGCCAUAGCUCCGCAGAGAAGAUGGACAGUCUUACAAGCAGAGGGAAGUCUCUCAGUGAGCAACAUGCCCAAUUACAGGAGACGCUGAAGAAGCUCAAACUAGAGGAGCAACUGCUCACUUCAAAGCACCAAGCUGAGAAAAUGUAUUUCACUGAGAAACUCAAAGCAGUUGAAGCUGAGAAAGAUGCUUUACUUUCUGACAAGGAAGUCAUCUGCCAGCGCUCAGCAGGAGAGAUCAAGAGUCUGACAUGCAGAGUGACUUCCCUCAGUGAGGAAUGCGUUCAGAUGCGGCAGACUCUUGAAGAGCUCAGAGAAGAGAAAAAAGGGUUAAAAACAGAAUUGCAGAACAAGAUAAGCAUGAUUUCUACCAUCCAGAAUAAGAUGAGUGAUCAAAAUCAGUUAAGCUUGCAGCAGCAGUCAGAGUCAAGAGAACGAGAGGCUGGCCUUCAACAAGAGGUACAGCAAUUAGAGGAGCAGCUGAAUACAUUAAAAAGGCAAAGUGAGAAUCAUGCGGCGUCUGCAACCUUGCAGCAGUUGCCCAAUGAAGAUGAGACAUCCGUCUUUGGGAGCAAUGAGAAACUUGGUCGUUUUGUACAGAACAUAGCCGAUGCCAAAGGGAGUGAAUCCUCAGAGAUUCAAGACCCAACUGUAGAACUUCAGAAGUCAUUUGGGAGAUUGCUGAAAAUCCUGGACGGCUGCGCCUUACUUGACUCCACAGCAAAUAAAGACUUAGAUGAGGAUGAUUAUCUAAGCAAUGCUGAGUCGAUCACCUUGCCUCAAGCUACAUUGGAAGCCCACAACACCGUCUGUCAUUUGGGAACAGAGUCUUUGAACAUUCUGGGACAUAUUGGUGAUGCUCUCGGAGAAAAAGCCAAGAUGUACAAGAAUCUGUUUGAGGGGUUAAUCAAGAAGGAUCUGUUUGAGUUUGAGGACUGGUGCCAAAAGCUGUGCAAAGUACAGGUGCCCACAAACUCCGUUCAAGACCAGAACAGUUUUUCUGAGCAGGAGCGCAGAACCAAAGAGCUGUUGUGGAAAAGACAUUUUUACCUGCAGAAAAUGGAGAUUGUUUGUAAGAAGCUUCUCGCACGCUUGAGUUCUUGUGGUGGUGUUCUGUCAGCUGACAUUAAAGGAAGGAGUAACUUCGAAGAGCAGUUUGAGGCUGGGAUGAACAGCGUGCCGGUGGUCCCCAGCAGGCUGGACACUUUGCUGAGCUUAGAGGUGGAACGCAGAUCUGAAGUGAUCCAAAGCAAGAAGAUGAUUUUACAGGGCAUCAUGGAUGAUGACAAAGAUUUGAGGUGGGAAUUACGGCAGCUUGACUUUCAAGUUGACUGUUAUUUGGGACAACAAAGAAACAAGCAUUCUUACUGGUCUCAAGACUACAGACUCAUUCUUGAGCUGGAAGAAUCAAGGGAAGAAGUCAAAGAAUUGCGUGUGAAGAAUGAGGCCCAGCUUAAAGCCAACAACCGUGAUUCCAGCCAUGAAAUGGCCUUUCAGCAACUUCAGACACAAAUGCUAAGUAUCCAGGCUCAAGUUGAGGAGAAAGAAAACUCAAUUCAUAUACUAAACGACCGACUGCACAAGGCUGAGAAAAAUGCUUCUGCUGCUCAGCUGGAGAAAGUUUUUGCAAAACUGCGCAGGAUGGAAAUGGAAAUGAGCUCAGCAUCUGACCGACAUCAAACAGAGAUCCAGAAGAUGACAGUGGUUCUGCAUGAGAAGGAUAGGUCUGUGAGGAGGCUGAAGGAAACACUCAGGACAUUGCAGCAGCAGCAAGGAGAGCAGUCAUUCCUGCAGGGUGAGGAUCUGCAUGAGCGACUGGCUAACCCGCGAGGUUUGGUUGUCAAGAGCAGUCUUGUGCUGGAAAAGACCAAACUGGAGGAGGAAAAGGCCAAACUGCAGGAGGAAGUCAAACAGCUGCAUCUCAAAAUCACAAAUUUAGACAAGUUGGUUUCCAGCCACGAGGCAGAGAUCACAAAGUGGAAGAACAGAGCGUUGAAACUGAAGGUGAAGACCAAAGAGGACGCGGAUAGGUCUUCACAGCCUUAUCCUCAAACCAAGCCUGGACACACUCUGUCUUCUCCUACCUGCUUCCUCGGCUCACCUAGGAAAAAGUACACCUCGACGCACCUGUUUAAUUCCCCAAAGAGCUCACUGCUUGACUCCCCGAAAAGCAGCUUUUUUGAUCGUCCUGAAAAUUCCCAACUGCUGUUGAAUACCUGUACCAAGAACUUCUUUGAUAACUCCAGCCUUGGUAUCCUUCCAGAUGUUGACAUGAAGGAUGAGUGCUCCAAGUCGCCAAGGCAACACGAUCAAUGUACAACACAGUAAAUAGAUCCAUUUUAAUCUUAAUGUUUCUCCUUUUUGUUAUUUUUUAUUUUUUGUGAAGGGGAAAAAACUACUUCCUCAUAGUUUAUCGAUAAAGUUAUUGUAAUCAAGCAAGUUUGAUUUAGUUAUUUCCAAGUUUGUGCAUGGUCUUUUCCACUGAGUGCAAACUGAGGCUUAUGUUCUGCUCUGUUCGUGAAAGUGCUCUCUUUUUUUGGCCAGCGAUUAAUUUGCUUGCAGGAUUAAGUCAAUUAUUUCCUGCACUUCACUGGAAAAGCCAUGUUUUUUUUUUGUUUUUUUUUAAUUAAAUUUAACAAAAACAAAACUGUAUAAUAAAAUGAAAAGGAACACAAAACAAUGACAGACUUAAAUUUUAAUUAAAAGAAUAGUGUAACUGGAA